CUCAUCGUCACAGCAGUUUAUGCUUCACAUUCUGCACCUUGCAUAGCGCCCUUUGUCUUCAUUUACUGUUGACAGGGUCUUUUGAUCUCUUUACUUGGUCUGCUGGAUCUUUUCCUCCAUUUGAGCUCACUGGUCUGGUUUUGAAUCGGUAAAGGUGUGAUCUUUGUGGUUGCGAGGGAGGACUCUUGGUGGUUUUGCGUCUCCGUUUUGGUAAAGGAGAGAUCUUGGUGCGGCCGGAGGAAGGAUUUUUAGAGGGCGUUUUAUUAGGUGAUGGGUUUUAUCUCGAGAAAGCUUCUCCCGGCCUGCGGGAACAUGUGCGUCUGUUGCCCGGCGUUGAACCCUAGCUCUCGGCGGCCGGUCAAGCGAUACAAGAAAUUGUUGGCUGAAGUGUUCCCUAAAAACCUUGAUGGUCUGCCAAAUGAAAGGAAAAUUAUGAAGCUAUGCGAAUAUGCUGCCAGGAAUCCGAUUCGCAUCCCAAAGAUUGCAAAGUAUCUUGAGCAAAGGUGCUACAAAGAAUUGCGAAAUGAGCAUAUCAACUUUGUAAAAAUUAUCACCGAAGUCUACAGUAAAUUGCUUUACAUAUGUAAAGAACAGAUGGCGUACUUUGCUAUUAGCCUGUUGGAUGUAAUUAUUGAGCUUUUGGAUAGCAAGCAACAAGAUGGAAUAAAAAUUCUUGGAUGCCAAACUUUAACAAGAUUCAUUUGCAGCCAGGCAGACAAUACAUAUACAUGGAAUAUCGAAGGCUUGGUUCAGAAAGUUUGUAUGCUUGCGCGUCAGAAUGGCGAAGAACAGAAAAGUCUUUUGCGAGCUUCGAGUCUGCAAUGUUUAUCAGCCAUGAUUUGGUUCAUGAGUGAGCAUCCAUACAUUUUUGCUGGUUUGGAUGAGAUCAUCUAUGCUAUCUUGGAAAACUAUCGAACUGAUGAACGUAACGGUGAUGAUGAUGAAAGACAUGAGUCACACCACAAUUGGGUUGAUGAAGUAGUUAGAGGUGAAGCAAGAGGUGUUGUAACAAUCAUGAGUGGUCUUAGUCCAUGCAAUGUGGUCAUAAGGCAGCGGCCAGAAAGUAAAGAUUCUACUCUGCUGACAAGAGAAGAGCGUGAAUGUCCUGAAGUGUGGUCUCAGAUUUGUAUAGAGAAGCUUGCCGAGCUUGCCAAUGAAAGCAUAACAACACGCCGCGUACUGGAACCAAUGUUUGCAUACUUUGAUAAAGGAAGACACUGGGCUUCUCGCCAUGGGUUUGCUUUAGUGGUUUUAUGUGACAUAGCUUACUUGGGAAAGAACUCAGAAAAUGAACAGCUUAUUUUGGCUGCUGUCGUUCGACACCUGGACCACAAAAAUGUUGUGCAUGACCCACAGAUAAAGUCUGAUAUAGUUCAGGUUGCCACUUCCUUUGUACGCCAACUGAAAUCACGAGCAGUGGUUGCAGAAAUUGUAGUAAGUGACUUGUGCAGGCAUUUAAGGAAAAGUCUCCAGGCCACAGUCGAAUCAGUUGGGCUACAAAUAUCAAAUUGGAAUGACUCACUUCAAAAUUCGAUAGAGGACUGUCUGUUAGAGAUUAUUAAAGGAGUUGGUGAUGUGCACGUGGUAUUUGUCAUGAUGGCUAUAACAUUGGAGAAGCUGUUGUCAACGACGAUGGAGAAGCUGUCAGUUGCUUCAGUUGUUGCUAGGGCAACCAUUAGAUCUUUGCUAAUUCUUGCUUACAUAAUCUCUUUGGCAUCCAGUGUUAAACAUCCACAGGUAUUUCCAGAUGCACUAUUGACACAACUGUUGAGGACUAUGAUGCAUCCAGAUGUCGAAACUCGUGUGGGAGCUCAUCAGAUAUUUUCUGUACUUCUUGGUCAAAACCCUGAUCAUCCAAGGCAUGAAUCAGAAUAUCUAUAUGAAACGAAGAAGUGGCAGUCUAGAACUACAUCAGUUUUUGAGUCAGCAACUGCUCUACUUGAGAAACUCAGAAAAGAAAAGGAAUGCUUAAAUCUAGAUAAGAAAGGAACUGAUGCCAAUGAUGGGAAUAAGAUAAGGACUGUGGGUGAUGAGGAGUGGAAACGCAAUUGGGUUCAAAAAUCUUUGCCAUAUUUUAGUAAGCUUAGUAGUUCUGUUAUUGACAGAAUUGCUACUUAUACAGGUUCAUUGGAGAAUAAUCUCAGCGUUAUUGAUUUAACUGAGGAUCAAGCUUCUCAGUUGCUUUAUGCCUUCUGGAUACAAGCCAAUAGAGCCGAUAAUAAGCCUUCAGAUUUUCAGGCUAUUGCUCAUUCUUUCAGCUUGACGCUUCUUUCUUUGCAUCUCAAGAACUCAAAUUGUAGCAUCAUGGUGCAGUUCUUUCACAUGUUAUUAUCUCUUAGGAAGAUUUCCCUGGAGCCAAAUGGUUUGCUUCCAUCAUCAUGUCAGAGAUCUCUUUUCACAUUGGCCACAGGACUUCUAGCAUUUGCAGGGAAAAUCUUUCACAUUCCCGGGUUGAAUGAUGUGCUAAAACCUUUCAUGCUGUCUGAGAUUGAUCCAUAUCUGAGAAUUGGUGAGGACUUCCAGAUCUAUGUAAUGCCUCAGUCAGAUAUGAAUAACUAUGGUUCUGAAAGUGAUCAGCAAGCAGCAAAUUCUGCUCUCUCCAACUUGAGAAAUAUAGUGGGUGAUUCUGAUCUACAUGUACUUGAUAUGAUUGUUAGUCGGCUGUCAACUUUAAUUGAUCAGGAGAAGGAUGUUUUAGCCAAACAACUUGCAGGAAUUUUCUUGUUCGAAGAUGCACCUUUGUUUGGAUUAGAACCAGCGGUGGACUGGAUUAGUGGUCAAGCUCUUGUUGUGUCUGAAGAAUCAGUCCCUUUUGAUGAGGAAUGUUCAAGGACUUCAUCAGUUAAUGGUGACACAGUUAGCCAAUCACCAGUUACUGAGAUUCCAGGGUUCUUCUCCAGGAUGCCACCACCUGCUUUUCCCAGUGUUAUAAGUGUCGGUCAAUUGCUGGAAUCGGCACUCCAUGUAGCUGGCCAGGUUGCUGGAACAUCUGUCUCAACCUCUCCUCUCCCGUAUGGAACAAUGGCUGGUCAGUGUGAAGCUCUUGGUAUGGGCACAAGGAAAAAACUAUCGAGUUGGCUGGUUGGCAGUCAUGAAUCCAUGUCGGAUAAUCCAUCACCGAGUCUCCAUAUGGAUGAGCAGAAGACUGUUCCGAAGGUGAAUUCACAUGGGUUAGAGCAGGCUUCUGUGCCCAUGGAACCAUGGCUAGCACUGAGACUACCGCCCGCGAGCCCCUUCGACAACUUCUUGAAGGCCGCUGGUUGCUGAAAGCAUAGACAGCUUUCAUCGCCACUGUUAACACGCAUUGUAAAGGCAGAUUUCUGUGCGAUUAGGUUUAGGGAACUGGUUAGCUGAUUCUGACUCUGAACUUGGUAGGCUGAGGAAAACUUUCGAUACCUUUGUGCAGUGGAAUAUUAGUGAUGCUUUCGAGUUGUAUUCCUUGUUCAGUUAUGGUUAACAUGAAUGUUUCUUGUGUGCCAUUGUAUCCCUUAUACUGGUUAGUGCAGAGAUAAUGUACUUUGGAGA